AUGGAUAAUAUCCGUAACCUGCAAAUGGAAUUAAGAUUCCUCAAGAUGUUUUCACUGUGUUUGAAGAAGUGUGAGGAACCUGGAAAGGAUAUGCAUGUCGGUUCUAUCAUGACUGGGAUUGAAACAUUACAGAAAGAAGCUGAAGGGAGCCUGCAUGAUGCCUGUCUUGCUGAAAUUCCUGAAAGUAAGAUCAAAGAUUGGGGACCUCUUGCUUCUAAUUUGCUGGAAAAGAUUCAGAACUUUAAGAGAGAGAUAAUAGAAAUUUCUGCUCUUUUGUUGGAUUGCUCUUUGCAAUCCAAGUCUUGCAAGGCUGAGGAGAUACUUGAAUUAAUUGAUUCUAUCCUCUGGAAUCUAAAGGCCCUUGUCAACUUGGAAGGGGAUGUUCUUGGUCAUCUGAAGGACCAAAUCAGGGCUAUUCAAGAGCAGCUAAGUUUCCUGGGAAAUUUUGUUGGCUUCACUGCAAAGCGAUGCGUUGACCUGGAUACCUUUGAAGAUUUCCUGGUUUACAUGGGAGAUUGGGUAAACAAAGCAGCAUGUUUGCUUAUUGUUUACUGGCUGCAAAGGAAAGAUGAAUACAUUUCAUCUAGAUUGGAAAUGAUGCUAUCUGAUCUAUUACAAAAAGUUACGCCUUGCCUUCCAAAGGUCACAGAGAUGUACGUUGCUGUCCUUAAAGCUUCAAAGUCAUCAAGAUCAAGCAAAUUUCUUGCAGGUCAAGUUGUUACAAGCUUUGUUGAACUUAUCCUCCAAGACCUGACGGUCCUCAUGAAGGAUUCUGUUGAUGUCCUCAAAGAAGGGUUGGUAUUCUUGAUAAACUUUCUUAUAGAUCCUCCAGAGGAAUGUGCAAGAGAUGUUGGAAAUGUCUUUUUGGCCCAAAUUGAUGCCAUCAUAACUGAUGCGAUGUCUCUGAUUUGCUCAGUUUACAUUGAUGAAAGCAAAGAAAACUUUUUCACGGAAAGGAGAACUUUUCUUUCCUGGUUCGAGAGUAAGAUUAAGAAAAUCGAGGCAGAUGCAAAAGAGAUUUAUGUCCAGUUGCAAGUUUUAUCCCAGAUCAAUUUUCCUUCAACAAAUGGCAUGGGAUUUAUUGAUUCCUUGUUAGGAAAUCUGGAGGAAAUGCUAAAACAUGGGGCCAAUUGUCCUCCUUUUGCAAAGCAUAAAGUUUUGAAAAUCCAAGGGGAACUGCUGUCUCUGAGGCCACUCCUCAAGGAUGUGAUGGAGUUGCAAAACGAGCAUGAGGAUUUAAAAGAUCUUUGGAAAAGAAUUAUCAAUGUCUCAUACAAAGCAGAACAUGCUAUCAACUCGUGUUUAAUUAUACAGAAACCAAUUUGGUACAACAUGAUAUCUCUUGCUGAUGUGGUGGAAGAAAUUAAGCUGAUCAGGAUUGAUCUCGAGAAGAUUAAUGUUGACAAGAUGCUGAAACCCAGAAUGCCUGGUGCUGAUAUGAAUCUGAAUCAGCUCAAUCCAGGACAGCUUAAUACUUCAAGACUUCAAGACGUUGUUGUGGGCUUCAAGGACGAGGCAGAAACCAUAAUAAAUCGCCUUACCAGAGGAUCAGCACAACUUGAUAUAGUCUCAAUCGUUGGAAUGCCUGGACUGGGUAAGACAACUUUAGCCAAGAAAGUCUACAAUGAUCCUGCUGUUAAAUAUUACUUCAACAGAUGUGCAUGGUGUUGCAUUUCACAAGUGUAUAGGGUUAGAGAGUUAUUGCUUGACAUUUUAAGUGAUAUUACUGUUUCUAAUGUAAGGCUCUCUAGCUCUAAUACAAGUGAUGAGGAUUUAGUUGAACAGCUUUGGAGAUCAUUGAAAAGACAGAGGUACUUGAUCGUUAUGGAUGAUAUCUGGGAAAUUCAGGCUUGGGAAUGCCUAAAAAGAUCACUUCCAGAUGACAGAAAUGGAAGCAGAAUCAUCUUCACUAGUCGAAUUCAUAAUUUGGCUUUGCAAGCUAAACCGGAUUGCAGUCCUCAUACUCUUCGUCCACUUUCAGGGGAGGAGAGUUGGGAAUUAUUAGAACAGAAGUUGUUUGAUAAGGCUGGCUGUCCUACAGACCUAGUGGAGAUAGGAAAAAGAAUUGCAACAAACUGCAAGGGGCUAGCUCUAGCAGUUGUCUUGGUUGCUGGUAUCCUCACAGGAAAAAGCAGGAAUCUAGAUUGGUGGUUGCAAGUUGAAUCAAGUAUAGGUUCACAUAUUGUUGCUGCUGAUGGGUGCAUGGACGUACUGCAAUUAAGCUACAAGCAUUUGCCAGAUUGCUUGAGACCAUGCUUCCUCUAUUUUGCAGCAUAUCCUGAGGAUACGGUUGUUGGAGUCCAGAAGUUGAUGAGAUUAUGGAUCGCCCAAGGAUUCAUACAAAGAAUUGAGGGCAAGAGCUUAGAUGAUGUGGCAGAGGAAUACCUGAUGGAUCUGAUCAGUCGAAGUCUGGUAAUUGUUGCAAAAAGAAGUUCCAAGGGUCGGAUAAAAACAUGUCGUGUGCAUGAUCUAGUACAUGAAUUGUGCUUGGUAAAAGUUAAAGAAGAGAAUUUUCUACAUUGGGUACAUGAACGUGAUGUUUCUCAGAACUUGGAUCCCAGGGAAUAUGAUCAAUAUCGCUUAUGCAUAGACAGUGAAUGGACACAUUUCACCAAGUCAAGCUCUCAAGGUCCACUAGUUAACUCUCUGCAGUUGUUUGGGACUUAUGAAAUGUCUCAGCCGCAUUCUAGUCCAUCUUCUUUCUUUAACAACUUUAGACUUCUUCAAGUGUUGGAUUUGGAGUGUCUCUAUUUGGAACCCUCUUUUCCUGAAGAAAUAACAUUGAUAACUCCUUUAAGGUACUUGGCAUUGUGGUGUUCUAUCAGGCAUGUUCCAUCAUCAAUAGGCAAUCUGUGGAACCUAGAAACUUUUAUAGUGAAAAGUGCCCAACUUGAUGUUCCUUUACCAGAUUCAUUUUGGAGGCUUAAACACUUAAGGCAUGCAGCUGUUGGUGAUCUGAAUCACACCUCUUUCAUUGAUUCUGAGCAGGGUGAGUCCUGUCAAUUCAGAGGAGCUAAUGAGAAGGUUACCAAGACUUCAGAAGCUGAACUGCGUAUUCUUUGA